UCUUAAAUUCCGACAGCCCUUGAAUGCAGCAGCACCAUCAGCUCGGUACCCGCCCUGCUCGGUUUCUCUCAGUCUGCACGCGCCGCACCGACGCUCCGGCGGUCAACUCCGACGGGACUCUAUUUCCAUUUUCUAUUUUCACAAAAGUGGUUCCUUCCUGAGGCGGAUUGUUCGGGUUCGGGUCCUGAUGGCGGCUAACCGGGUGGGGCGGCGGGUGAACAAGGUGUGUGGUAAUCAGUCACCGGGUCAGAGUCUGCAGCGGCGGCAGGCCCGGGUCACCGUCAAAUACAACCGCAAAGAGCUGCAGCGCAGGCUGGACGUGGAGAAGUGGAUCGACUGCGGACUGGACGAGCUGUACAGGGGCCGGGAGGAGGACAUGCCGGAGGAGGUGAACAUCGAUGAGCUGCUGGACCUGAAGACAGACGAGGAGAGGACACGGAGACUGCAGGACAUCUUUCACUCCUGUAACAACAACACACAGGUCUUCAUCAGCGACUUGGUGUUAAAACUUCACGGUUUACAGAAGCAGGAGGAUCUGCACAACGACGGCAUCGACCUCCCGCAGCUCCACAUGUACCCGAGCCGCUCCGGGUCCGCCGACAGGGAGGUGCUGCACUGAGACAGCGAGUUCAAAACCUGCCGCAACCCCCUCACACACGCCCUGCUGCAACCUGGAGACGGAGGACAGGAAAACAAACAAACCUAAUGUCUGUCCUGAGUUUGUCCAGUCAAACGACAUUGAAAGCAUCAGGCUCGGUGGCUGUUUGAGUCUCUUAUCAGUUAGAUAAAGUCUGAUCCAACACAAACACAAAUGAGGUUUACUUUCCUGACGUUAGGGAAAAAUGUUUGUCCACUUCCUGGUUCGUCCAGGCUUCAUAGAUGUUCCAACUAAAUGUGAGGUUUUAUUUUUGGCCACCAACUCACCACUGACAAAACAAAAGUAUUUCCGUCCCGUCUGUGUCGGUCUCCCUCAGGUGGCGUCGCUCUCCUCCUGGUUUCUGUGUCAAACCAAAGCGUUUGCAGUGUAAACACAACUGCCGUGAGGUCAGUGAACACAGCAGCCCUUCACACCACCCACAGCACUGCUGCAGUGUGUUCAGAUAACAUUUCACUCACAAGCGUUAUUUAUUGGAGCGCAAGCCCUGUGUUUCCAGAUGUGUUUCAGUCGCAGCGUCUCAUGACAGCUUCAACAGUUUAGUCUCUUCUUCUUCUGCGUUUUCUUCAGACAUCUGCCGUCUCUCCCGGAGAGUCUUGUUUUGUUUGUACACGAUUUUCAAUAAACCUUUGCAGUUGAAACAA